AUUUUACAUACAACUUGGGUUUGCUCCGUCUUUGUCUCCUUUUUAGCCUUUCAGGCGCCAGGGCGCUACCUAUUAUCAAAUUAUAUUUCCCAUGGGACCUUCCGGAAAGGCAGGGCGAUCUUCUAUACCGUUCUAGUCAGGGUCAACCCCACUUGAUUCGAUUGUCCUCCGCGGCAAGCGCCUAAUCGACCGUUUCGCCUGCGCUUGCUUCAAAAGUAUCCCACGAUGAGUCGGCGGUUUUCAAUUGUUGACCUCACCUCGGCACGGGCACAUCCUUCCCCUCGCCACCUCCGACAAAUUUCCUCAUCUCCAUCUAUCUCCUCCAUAUCCUCAUCGUCACCAGAUCCCCACACGAUGCCCCGAGGCACCAAGCGAAAACGCCGGCACGACGAAGAUGCUACCGAUAGCGAGUCACCACCGAACGGCCCGCAAAGUCCCAUCGAGUCUAUCGACCUGACAGAGGUUGAAGGCUCCUCCGCUCUCGCCAAGGCCCUCGCAAAGCAACGCGAAGAUGCCGUCAAGGCGCAGUCAACAGAGGAAGGAGACAAAGCUCGCUCUAUGCUGAAAGCAUACCAGUGUCCAGUCUGCAUGGAUACUCUCGAGGAUGCCACUAGCACGUCAUGCGGUCACCUCUUCUGCCAUAAGUGCAUCGUCGAAUACCUGCAAUCAGUCGACGAUCAACGAAUCGACCAAGGAAAACAGGCCAAGGGAACCUGCCCGGUGUGCAGAAAGACAAUCACCCGGAACGAGUCAAGUGGACCUCGGAGAAGUCUCAUACCCUUGAAGCUCAAGGUGACGACUAAGAAGCGGCGCCCCCUCCCUUCAAGUGAAGCGUGAACCUCUUGAAUACCCUUCUUUUACAGCAUGGCGAAUGGUGGGGGCAUGGGCUAGCAUGGCGUUUACUACAUACAGGUGUCCCAUUUUUCUAGCACUUUACGACAAUGAUGAGCAAUGCAUUUUCUGGGUGUUAUGUACUUUGAGUACCUACGUUUUGGACUCUGUUUUACUCCUUUCACG